GUAUGACGGAAUUCGCUACCCUGUAACUCGCCCGACCGAGACACCAAGUCGAUGAUCAAGACCCAAAACUCACCCACAUAUUCCACGGGGUAUAGGUAAUACCUUGGUAAUAAGGUUGGGGCAUGUUGUGAAACACACCCAGCUUUAUAUUGUCCCGAAACUCCAUCAGUUCUUCAAAAAACAAGCCCAAGAUGAGCGAGAGUGCCCCUCCUGUUGAAGAACAACCACCCUCGAUCCAAAAAAUACAGGAAUUAUUGGGUGCAAAAGACGACACCUCACGCUUCGUCGGUCUUGCAUUGCUCAAAUCAGUCCUCGACAAUACCGCAGAGCUACGGAAUGAUGAGGAGGCUAUCGUGUCGCUGUGGGAGAGCAUCCCGCCCAAAUUUCUAGACAGGCUCAUCAAGACUGGGUCGAAGCAGACGCCAUCAUCAGACACACGGCGAAAGGACUCGAAUGAUAUGUUGGACUUGGCUGUCUCUGUGCUUCACACUUUUGCUUCUCUACUUCCGGAAACUGCAAAAAAUGGCCCCAAGCUGGUAGACAGGAUACCGCAGCUCGUGGCCUGUCUCCUACAGUGUUCCGAUGAGACCACCAGGUUGACCCUCGAGACUCUAGUGAGCCUCGUGAGCCAGCCAGAUGGCGCCCACGUCUUCACAGCGGUAGAAGACCUAUCUCCCUUGACCGAGAUUGCGCCUUCACAACCCCUUGCUCUGGACGUCCUGCUCUAUGCGUGGCUUAAUGCCAUGACCGCGACGCCAGACAAGGAGAGCUUGAGAUCCAAGAUUGGCGCCACAAUGAGCAGCCUCGUUGCAUCCUUCAAGGGAACCGAUGCUGUCACCCUGCUGAGCUUCCUUGCAAGCUUACUGCCGCGGUUAGAGCCAGAGGUUGUACCAUCCGACCCCAAAUGGCUCCCGUCCCUCGGCAAAUUCAUCCGCGACCUCGUCAUCAGCCGUCCCACCGCCGCCGGCCGCGCCGCCUUUACCAACCUCUCCGCGGCCCUCCUCGAGAUCUACCCCUUCCAAGCCCCACAACUCCUCUUCGCCGAACAAGACACCACCACCACCUCCUCCUCAAACCCCUUCUCCUACCUCCUCGUCAACCUCAUGCUAGUCGACCUCCGCGCCACCCUCCCAACCCUCCUCGAACAGCUCAACACCCCAACCUACCCCGCCACCUCGCACCGCCUCACCUCCGCCUUCAACACCCUCUCCCACUUCACCGGCUACCUCCUCCGCUCCAUGGACUCCGCCUCCGACCUCCCCUGGACCAUCUCCCCGGACCUCCUCCUGCACCUCCGCAAGUCCAUCUCCGAAACCCUCUCCCUCACCACCGAGUACCUGCGCGACCGCUGGGACGCCGCCGUCGCCGGCGCCAUGGGCCUGCACCGCGACGCCCGCGCCGCCUCCGUGUCCGCCACCACCACCACCACCACCGGCGGUACCGGCACCGGCGCCACCACAACCACCACCACCACCUCCCGCCUCCCCCUCGCCUGGGACGCCGCCUCCGACCGCGACCGCGGCGCCACCGCCGACAACGACCCGCUGGUCCUCGCCGCCGUGCGCGCCCUGGCGCUGUGGAUCCGCGAGGAUGAUAACGAGCUGCUGCGCAAGGAGGCCAGUGGGUUGGCGGAUAUGUUGGUCGAGCUGUACCAGCGCAGUAGGGUGGGAGUGAAAGGGGAGGGGGAGGGACAGGGGCAGGGGCGGUUGGAUUUCCGCCGGGCCGUGCUGGUUGCUUUUGAGGGGGUUGUGGUGGAGCGUAAGGGGCGCGAGGCGGUCCUUGCUGAGGGGGGGUGGGAGGUGUUGGUGGGGGAUUUGUUGGGUGUUCUUUUGGGGGGGGUUGGUGGAGAGGGGGAGGGGGAGGGGGAGGAGGAGGAGGAGGCGGCUAGGGGGGUUGAAAUUGUCCGCGUGUUGUUGCAGAUUGCCGAGGCUGAGGUGCCUGGGCCGAAGGAGGCGUGGAUGGAUUUGGUGACUAAAGUGGCUACGUGGGAUGUGCCCGAGGGGAUGCAGUCGCCGGUGGUGGUGGAGUGCCAUGUUGCGGUCCUGCAGCUGGUGACGACGUUGUUGGUGAGCGCGCACCCGGGGAUGCGGAAGCGGUAUGUUCACUCGACCAGUGCGGUGCUGGGGGUUGCGAAUCGCUUGAAGGGGAAGGUGAAGGGGGAUAAGGCGUCGGAGGAGGCGCUCGAGGAUGUGGUGGGGACGCUGGAUGCGCUGAGGUGAGGGUGGGAUAAUGUCCUCUGGAAGUCGCGUUGGUAGCGGUUGUUCCUUCAACAUCAGACGAGCUACUACCGACUGGAUGGGCUUCCAAGGUGUCGUCGAUAGGUAUUUGAGAUGCAAACUCCAAAACCUAUUCAUCUCUAUCUACGCAACCUUACGGCUCUACGCUUACCUAUGAGUCCUUUUACCUACCCUCCUAAGAUGUCCGUUCCUAG